AUGGAGAACACCAAUAAUACGAAUGCGAAUUCGAGCGAGAAUAAUAAAGCAAUUUUGGAAAAUUACCUGGACAACGAACAAAACCCGCGAAUACCAGACGAGGAAUUCAUUUUACCGAUUUCGUACGGGUCCGUCGCCUAUUGGUUGGGAAAAAAAGCGGACGAGUACCACUCGCACGAGUGGACGGUUUUUGUUCGAGGGCAAAACAACAUCGACGUGCAAGAGGUGGUUGAAUCGGUCACGUUUCAGCUGCACCCUUCGUUCGCGGAACCGAAAAGAGUUUUAACGGAACCGCCGUACGAGGUCACGGAAACCGGAUGGGGCGAGUUUGAGAUUGGGAUCGAGAUUAAAUUCAGACCGGAAGUGGGCGAAGAAAAGGAGAAGUUGAUGGCGAAUUUGAAACUGUUCCCAGACGCGGACGAAAUCGCGAAAACAGGACCACAAACGACGAAGAAACCACUCGUGGUAGAGAACAGAGAAGAACUGAUUUUUCACAAACCGAGGAAGAGCUUUUGGGAGAAAGUGGUGAAGAAAAGUAAACGCGUCGUCGAGGAGGAAGAGGAGGAGGACGAGAACGAGAACGAGAACGACCACGAGGAAAGCAAGGGCAAGAAGAAGAAGACAAAGAAGAAAAAAGUGUCGUUCGCGUACGAGGAGUGCGAGGCGAAAUCGAAACACGAGAUGUUGUGGAAGCAAAGAGAGGCAAAGAUGAGAGACGACGAGGAGUUGAUGAAAUUGUGGUGCGCGCAGAAAGUCACCGAGGAGAGGUGUCGAGUGUUGAAAGCGCAGCUGAUGGUUUUGGAAGGGCAGUUGUUAGAUUAA